UUAUGUCUGACUCUGGAAGUCCAAAGUCCAUGCGCACAACGCAACAUUACUGCCCAAUAUGUCUCAAAUCAAUAGGAAAUCAAGAAAAUUUGAAUCGACACGUGGAAGUACUUCAUUCAGAAAAAACAGUUCUCUACGUGUGCCCGAUUUGUAAUUUAGGGCUUCGUUGGGCAAAGAAUUUUCCAACACACGGUACAAAAUAUCAUGGCAUGACUCAUCAAGACGGACUGAACAAAAUGAAAUCGCUUCAAAUAAAGGUCGUUGAUAAUAGCGGAUAUAUGGGUUCGGCAAAGACUAUAACAACGCAAUGUUUAGAUGAUAACGUUCCGAAAGAUGAGAACAUUCCAUUAAAGAAAAGAAAGAUUGAUUUUGAUGAACAACAGACUGAAAAUGAUAAUAUUCGUGUCGAAAAAUAUGUUUCCCCCGAAAACGUUUCGCCCAAAAAUGUUUAUAUCGAUGCGAAUUCUAUAUUCAAUGCAAGAAUUGAUAUUUUGAGUGAAUUGAGCAAAUGGGAGUGUGGUUCAUUGUCUUUGCUACGUGAAUCUAGUGAUCCAAUAAUGAUUCGGUUGGUAUUAAUGAUUGGCGAUCAAGUUCAAUGGGAUGAACUAUUGACCGUUCAAACCAAGUUCCAAAUGAUUAAAAAAACUGAAAUGAAAUGGACUGGAGAAGAUUUCUCACGAAACUAUUCGCGAAUGAUGGAAACUGUCGUACGCUUCAAACUAUCAAAAGUUCGUGAUAAGUUUUUCAACGUUUGGUCAGAGGUUGAGAAAACAAUGAUGGAACAACUCAAGACAAAGUCGUCUGGUGCUUAUGAAGAAGAAGUGCCAAUGAAGACCGAAUUGAAUAACUUCGAACAAAGUUUCACCGCAUCAAGUGAAGAGACAACCACUUUGCCGAUCAAAAGCGUGGAUGUAAAAUGGACAUGCACCCUUUGCGAUGAAUCGAACACUGGCUACGAUUGUAAAUCGUGUGGUGAAUUCCAACAGAUAUUACCAUCAACACCAAAACUACCCGACACCUCCCAAUUGAUCAAUCAUUCAACGACGCCGAAAAAACUAGCUCCAUUUCAGUUGAUAAACGAUAGCAACAAAAACCGUACCACCAGCAAUGCCAAAGAAAAAACCAUUUUAUUUGACCACAAAGCGAAACUCUAUCGUUUUGAACAAAACAAUUGGGAGGAACAUGGUAUUGGUAACAUCAAAAUUUUGGGAAAUUCAUAUGAUAAUACACUUCAAUUACUGAUGCAUAGCGAGAGCGAUUUAACACUUGUUUGCAAUCAAACCAUUUCAAAACAUACGUUAUUCGACGAGGCGAAAAUUGAAGAGGGUGUAAUAACAUGGAUGGGACAUGAAUCAGGUGAUUCUUCGGAAGAACAAUGGGCAUUAACAUUUGACGUUGUAUCGACUUGCAAAAAGUUCAACAACAUCAUUUUGGUUGUAACUACAGCAACGGAAAAACUAAAAUCAGAUACGAUGAGCACAGAGUCUAUGAAUUAUAUGGAUCAUUUGAUUACAUAUUGGACAACAGAUACACCAGAAGACUUCAAGAACCGAUUUUGGAAUACUUAUAAAACAAUGAAGACUGAACAACUUUCACGUGAUAUUCAAACUUGGAACGAUAUGACCAUUCGCCUUGAUAUUAGAACGGAGGGUAAAAUGCGCUUUUUUGAAGAUUUAUGCCAGAAUCUGAACCAAAGAUCAUCAAGUCAUUCGACAGAUCACAGUUCCAUUCAGUAAACCUUAGCCAAAGAUUCUUCAUUUCUAAAUUCAUUAUCAGACCAUUUUUACUAAAGACGUUUUUCAAUUUGAGAAAUACACAGUCCACGCGUCUUUAUAUUCAGCUUAGGCAAAUGCAAUCGAUAACAUGUUUG